CGGUGAUCAGAGCUGCCAAUCACAGCCUGAUCUGCCCUCUAUUCAAGUUACACAUAAGAAAUGUCCCAAAGUUCCUUGUUAGAAGCUCCCACGACUUUCGGAGCCGGCGGAGCGCGCUAAGAUAUUUGUCAACCAUGCGACUUAUCAACGUCGAAACUCUCGAGUUAGAGUCCUUCACAGGCGAACAUGGAGGCUCAAUACCAACAUAUGCGAUCCUAUCGCACGUAUGGACGUCCCAGGAAGUGUCACUACAGCAAAUGAGCGGGCUGAGCCCUCUUCCAGAAGAGUCGAAAGGCUACAGAAAAAUCGUGGACUUUUGCGCAAAGGCGAAAGCCGAGGGAUUUGAGUACGGCUGGAUAGACACCUGUUGUAUAGACAAGACGUCUAGCGCAGAGCUUUCCGAGGCAAUUAACUCGAUGUUUCAGUGGUAUCGGAAGUCUGCAGCGUGCUAUGUCUAUCUGAAUGAUGUCAGCUCCGCCGAGAACCCAAGAUUAUCGGACUCGAGGUUCCGCAAAAGUCGAUGGUUCACGCGCGGAUGGACUCUUCAGGAGCUCCUUGCCCCCCACGAAGUGAUCUUUCUUGCCGACGACUGGCGGGAGAUUGGUACCAAGGCUAGCCUGAGUGCAACUAUCUCAGAUGUCACCAAGAUUGAUACAGCCACGUUGGUGAAUCAUACCUGGUCACAUGUCAGCGUUGCUGGGAUCAUGUCCUGGGCAUCAAUGCGGCAAACCACAAGACUAGAGGACCAAGCCUACUCUCUCAUGGGUCUAUUCGAUGUUAAUAUGCCCUUGAUCUACGGAGAGGGCCCCAAGGCUUUCUAUCGACUCCAAGUGGAGAUCAUGAAGACAACAAACGAUGACUCCAUAUUUGCUUGGUCUACAGAACCGCUACAAGAUCGUGGAUACUCUCCUAGUGAGGGAGCUUCUACGAGAGGCUUCCGUUUCCUCGGAUUGCUAGCUCCAUCGACUGCUUGCUUCAGGGAUUCUCAUGAUAUAAAAGCACCCAGAGAUCUCUCCAGAAGUCAUGCACCAUACGACAUGGUCAAGCAGGAUGUUAGUCUCACGGCGGUAGUAGUUCGGCUUUGCUCUCUACCAGCUGACCCCAAGCAACUUGGAGAUAUCGAUCGGGUGGAUGUUGUCGGCACACUACGGUUCUCAAAUAACGUGAGGGCAGUAGACCAUGGUCUCGUUAUCACGCCGGCAAGGCGAGACGCAAAAGGGAUCAAGAUAAUGUGCUUGGUUGCGGUUCUACGCUGUUGGAACAAAGACGGCUAUAUCGGCAUCCCUAUUAAGCGUUUAGCAUCUGGCGCUUAUCAGAGGGUCGAAAAUGGACACCGAUGUCGUUGGUUCAAGGUCCGCUUGAUGCCUUUACGACUGACACUAAAGAGCGAAGAAGAAAAAGCUCCAGAUGAAUCGGAAUACACCCUCAGACAAUUUGACUCUGAGAGUAGAGAGAAGGGCCCACCUGCUGAUCCACCAGAAACCAUUCUUGUCAGAGCAUACGUACCAUUGGAUCUGCCUUCAGACAGCACAUUUCUUUCUGCCAAAGCCAGCCACCGUCAUGCACCUCUCCAGUUCCGUUCACUGCCUUUCAACAAUAGUUAUUACACAAUACAGGCUUACAGUACCAAUAACGCCAUACCGCUGGUGCCUGACGUGCAACCUCAUGCUCAGGCUAUCGAGAUUAUCAAUGGACUUAUCAAUACUCUACCGGAAAUGCGUAUUGGGUUUCGCCCCAGUGUAGCAGAUAGUGAUCUGCCACCUUUCACGAUACACACAAGAAUGACAGAAAGGCCUCAUGGCAUCCAAGUUGGGUGCUUGAUUGGAAGUGACCAAGCCCGAGAUGAGACGACGGAUGCUGAAUUCACCGACAUUGACAUGAAAAGCGUCUCCACCACGAUGCCUCUCACGACAGACCUAUCUCUCAUUAUCAGAGUGAGACGCGGUGUUCCUCGGGAUACGACUUGUUAUUUAAAUGUGAGCGUUGAGAAGCAGUUGUCAUGGGCGGAAGAUGUAGAACAUUGGCCUGCUACGCUUGGAGACAAAAGCCUGUCAAGCUCAGAGAUGUCGCUCAAUCGUACCUUCACAGACAAUUCAAUAUGAGAGGUUGCCAAUAACCAUACCUGCCGGCAGUGGGCUCUCAACGAUGUGCAGGAAGUUGUAAGAGGGCGAGAUACAUGAAUUCGAAGGGGCGCCACGGGGAGCAAGAAAAAUUAAGACUUUAAAAGAGGAUGCCAAAUGAACUUAGUAAAGGAUCUCCUAAGCGUAGGCU